UGGAUGGCAGAGACUGAAUGGUGUUCAAAGCCUGUACCAGAGACUGCACCUGAUAUCACCAAGAAAGCCAGUCUUUCCUCAUAGGCUGCAUACUCUAAACAGAGGAAAGGCAAACAGCAUUACUCAUCUGAAGAAGGAGGCAAAACUUGUGCUUUAAAAGAAAAAGAAACAAAUGCUGAUGUUAGCGCUCAGAAAUAUCUAUAUUCUUCAGAACACUUCCCCAGUCUCCACUUCCCCAAAAACACACCCUUUCCCUGCAGUUUAUAAAGCCCUUGUGGCACACGGUGCUGUGUUCACAAAGAUUUGGCAGCUCCUUGUGCUUACAUCCCAUCAGCAUGAAAGUAUCCCUUGGACUCAGCUUCCUCCUGGCUUUCAUGGACCCAGGGACAUGCCUUCAGUGUGAGGUUUGUCACAGCAUAGGAAGAAGCUGCUCUGGCCCCAUGAAAACCUGCACUGGUGGUGAAGAUACCUGUGGCAUCAUUCUGCACGAGGUCCUAAUAGGGGGAAUGGCAAUCCCUACAUCCAUCAAGUCCUGCAUGCAAUCCAACAUGUGCAACCAUGGCCCUGUCACCAUGAACUAUGGGAAGGUAAAAGCAAAGAGCCACAUAGCUUGCUGCACGGGUGAUGACUGUCGAACCAUCUCUGUCUCAUUGCCACCAGAUGACAACGUGCCCAACGGGUACCAGUGUCCUGCCUGCUACAGCAUGGACUCCUUUCAGUGCAGUCACGAAAUCGUAAACUGCACUGGAUCUGAAACCCAAUGUGUUGACCUUGCUGGGUUAAUGAAUUCUGCUGGACUGACUGUGAAAGCUGCCAUGAAGGGUUGUACCACCGUUUCCGAAUGCACUAUGGCAGGAGAUGGAAAAAACAGUGUGGGGAUGAUGGACAUAAAGCUGAAGCGGCUCCAAUGCAGACCAGCUACUUCUAUGGACAGAGUGGUUUUUGCUCUUGCCCCUCAACACACCGUCUUCCUCCCUCUCCUAUCAGGAUUCAUCCUGGAGAAGGUACUUUUCUGACUCUCGCUAGUGCUGUGUUGAGCAAAACCCAUGACAAACUCCAUCAGUGGUUUCUAUCUCAGUCCUGUUCGCUGUAGCUUCUCCGUGUGGCGAGUUUGUUUUCAGAUUAGCUCUGCUUUCAUGUUUUCACAGAAUAAAGACAGUACUUGCA